AUGCUAGCUAAACCUCCUUCGAACCGAGGAAUGGUUGUCCUCGACAGGACUAAAUUUGGUGCAAGUGUGCCUCUGAUGAUGGCCAAGCUCCAGCACCCUAGUUUAAUUGGAAGACUGGGUAAAGAGUGCCCGAGUGAUUUGUUAGAUACGCGGGGUAUUUCGCGGGUUAUCAAGAUCACAGAGCAAGAUCGCGGUAUUCUUCUCAAUCCUGACAUCAAAUCCAAGGCGAUGCUUAGCGAAACAGCGCGGGAAAUGCUCGGCGAUUCAGAAGUCUCGCCCUACACCUUGGAGCUCGACUACAAUUACUGGUCCACCGAGGAGAUUUUGCGGUCUAUUUUACCGUCUGAGCUAGCAGAUGUUCCUACUGGGUUCACUGUGGUGGGUCAUAUUGCCCAUAUGAAUCUCAGGGAUCAAUAUCUACCUUACAAGCAUGUUAUCGGGCAGGUGAUCUUGGACAAGAACCCGUCGAUCAAAACCGUGGUGAACAAGCUGGACUCAAUCCACAGUGUCUAUCGGACGUUCGAUAUGGAAGUCAUUGCUGGAGAAGAUGGCAAUUUUGAAGUGGAGCAACUGGAGUCCAAUUGUAGAUUCAGGUUCGACUUUCGUAAAGUGUAUUGGAACUCGCGUCUUCACACAGAGCAUGACCGACUUGUUUCGCUAUUCGAGCCCGGACAGUCAGUAUGCGAUCCGUUUGCUGGCGUCGGUCCGUUCGCAGUGCCUGCAGGCAAAAAGAACGUUUUGGUUUUUGCAAGCGAUUUGAACCCAUUCAGCUAUGAGGCAAUGGUGAACAACGUCAACAUUAACAAGGUCGGUCAAUUUGUACAUCCUUUCAACAUUGAUGCUCGUGAAUUUAUUCGUGGGUCCACCAAGCGGUUGCUCGAGUUCCAAGCAAAAUAUCCCACCCUGACUCCUCCGCGAAAGAAGGUGUCCAGAUCAAAGUCGGCAUCCCCGCCUCAGCCGGACAUCGAGGUCCCAAAAUAUUUCAGCCACUUUGUUAUGAAUCUUCCUGAUAGUGCAAUUGAGUUUUUGGAUGCUUUCAGGGGACUCUAUACCGGUAUCGAGGAGGCCAAGGACUUCCCGCUACCUACGAUACAUGUGCACUGUUUCCACAAGCAUUCCCCUUUGGAGAAGGAGCCGCCUAUUGAAGUUGUUGAAUCUGAUCUGGCUGAACGCUGUUCUCGUGCUCUGGGAUUCACAGUCCAUCGAGAAAAUAUGAAGUUUCACGACGUUCGCAAGGUCGCUCCGACCAAAGAAAUGUACUGUAUUUCUUUUCAGCUGCCAAAAGAAGUUGCAUUCGCAUGA